AUGAAGUGGUUUUUGAUUACUCUGGCCAUAGGCCUAGCGUCUUCUGAUAAACUGGACCAUACCUACCUUCCACCACCGGGUGCUCAAUUUGCUGGAGGUAUUCUUGGAAACCAAGAUGCCCCACUGGAACCUCCUCAUCAUACGCAUCCAGGAUCAGGUCAAAUCAUUCCAGGACAUGAACAACACCACCCAAGUUUGGGAGUAAAUGGAGAACCAGUGAACUUUGGUGAUAAGAUCCCAAAAGUACCUUUCAAUUACAACCAGGAAAAUCUUCCAACUACGACCACUUCUUAUGCGUUCUCUCAGACAACGACUUAUCCACCCACCGAAGGUUUCAAUCCCGCAAACCUACCUAUAAAUCCUGUGACUGGACUUCCAAUUCUGGUGGAUCAAGGAAACGUUCCCUUCGGAUCCACCCAAGGGCAACAAAAUACUCAGCAGUUGCCGGGAAUUAAUCAAGGUCAAACACCAGUUUAUGGAACCAAUUUACAACCUGGAGUUAUUCCUCAAGGACCGAACACCAUCAACUAUAACCAGCCUGGUUUCAAUCAACCUAUAAACCAAAUUUCAAGCCAAUAUCCAGGUCAAAAUUUGGUUAAUCCUGGUGCACAAAUACCUGGAUCUGUCAACCAAUUCCGAGGUCAAAAUCAAGGCCAACUACCUAUUGGACAAGGUAUUGUGCAACAGGGUCUUCUACCUACUGGAACUACUAAUAAGCCAUUCAAUCAGUACCCAGUACAGAACUUGGGUAAUAAUGGAGGUGUUGUAUCUAUUCCUGGGGGUAACCAAGGCUUAGUUCAAUAUCCUAGUCAAGAUGCAACUAACCAGGGAUUGGUACCAUCAACUGUUUCCCCAAUUAAUUCUCAAUCAGGUGCCAAUCAAUAUGGGGAUAACUAUGAUGGAUCUCAAGGACCACUUACCCAGGGUACUUACACUGGUAGGCCAAUAAACGUAGGAGAACCUCAACCUACUCAAACGUCAUACCAAAACCAGGGACCUUUUAAUUCUGGUACUGAACACCCAAAUGUAUCAGGACCAAAAGGACAAGGGUCUUCCCCGUCUUACAACGGUAUUACCAGCACUACUCCAUUUCCAGCAAUCCCAUCUUCUACUUCUGGAUAUUCUUCUGUCAGACCAGUGUAUCGCCCAGAAAGACCUCAAGCUGAAGCUGAUAGAAACGCAGUGAUUCUCAACUAUGAAAAUGUUCGUACUCCAAAUGGUUACUUCUACAGCUUUGACACUUCCAAUGGAAUUCAUGCUGAUGAAAGUGGCAUUGUUGAUAAUGGAACAAAGGCACAAGGAUCGUAUUCUUACAUAGGUGAUGAUGGAAAGUUGUACAGCGUUUAUUAUACUGCUGAUGAGAAUGGAUUCCAACCUCGCGGUGAUCAUCUACCAACUCCACCACCUGUUCCUGAAGCUAUCCAGAGAGUUAUCGAGCAAGCUGCAAAAGAUGAAGCAGCUGGAAUAGUCGAUGAUGGUGAGUUUUUAAAACGAAUUACUUUUAUGAAACUAAGAAACCUUAUUUCUCGAUCAUACGAUAAAUUUAAGUAUGGUGACGACAAAUACCAAGGAAUAUCAAAACAACGUCGCCCACAAAACCAGGGCCCGAAAACAUUUGGUGUGGUAAAACCUAUUACUGGAAUAAAAGACGUAGAAUAUGAUGAAGGUAUUUCACAAAAUCAGUUCGAUGAUACCGUUCCAGUUAGUGGGGUUAAGAAAGGUUCUGAUAAUAACUUGCCAGUAAAACGUCCAUCGUAUAAAGAUAUUAACGAAAAUGGCGUUGUAGACCAAGAAAUCAAAAGAAUUUCUGAAAAUUCUGGUAAAACAAUACAAGAUUUUCAUGAACAUAGCAAGCCAGUUGAAAAACAAGGACCAUUCAAUCGAGGAAACAGUCAGAAUAAGCAAGGAACUGCUAAUGGUAGUCCGGUGUCAAAUGGAAAUAAUAUAGUUUUCAAAGAUGUUGAGGAUGAAAUUGAUAAUAAAGAUUCAACUGUUAACAAUCAAGGUUUUUCAAGUCGUCGCCCAAUAUCUGAUGGUGGAAAGGAUGCUUUAGUAACGAAAUAUCCUGGAGCUAAUGUAGAUGUCACGACUUCCAACUACCCAAAAACUGAAAGUGACGGUUUCGUGGACAACGACAGUCAAACAAUUGUUUCUAGUAAACCUGGCGCAUUUGAUGAAUAUGAUGACAAUAAAGAUUUGGGAUAUGAUAGUAUCACAGGAGCUCCUAUAGUUGGAGAAUACAUCGAAAACGCUGCUAAGCAACCAAUUUCACAACAACAAACAACUCAACAAGGCUCUGGCUAUCAUUACCAGCAACCAAGUACGACAUUUGAACAAAAUACAUUUCCAACUCGUUUUAGACCUCAAGAAAUACCUACAACAAUAAAACCCGAUCAGCGUAAUACUGAAUAUAUUGAAGGAACCACUCGGAAACCUUUUAUGACCCCGAACGUAUACGAACAAAAUGAAAAAGCCAGUCCAUCAACAACAAGAAAGCCUUUCACGACUAAAGGUGUAACAUCACCCUCUGAAAAUGCAUACACUGAUUAUAAGGACGAUGACUAUGCCACUGAUCUAGAUAUUGAUGACGAGAGAAAUAGUUCUACCAAAAUGCCUGUUGAAAAAUCUGGUAUCACUCGACCGUACGAAACAACUCGAAAGGGUUCAAGACCUCAAUAUGGUCAGAAUGAUCGAAAAUCAGGAAUUAGUCAAAAGCAGCCGUCAAAACCUGGUCAUAAGACAGGAAAUACAGAAGCUGUAGCUCCAGGAUAUACGUAUGGACCAACUACUUCUACACCGACACACCAUUCUCGAUUCGGAACUACUGAAUCUCCUCAAAAUACAAGACUCGACGGUCGUAGACCAUCAAGCCCUAAUUUUGAAGCAACAACGGCUGUUGGCACGCCUGUCACGCAGUCAUCUUUAGGUCAAACGGCACCAAACUAUAAAUAUCAAUCAACUGACCCCAAUUCCAAAUACUUUGAUAGUAAUGUAGUAUCUGGUUAUCCAACUUCUCGAUAUACCGCGGGUCUUGGCUCAACAUCUGGUACCCCUGCAGUAUCUAUACCAUUCAGACCUUCUCAAGGUUACUCAACAACAUCAAGUUCGCCAAUUUCUGGAUAUCAACCAGGAUCUGGAGUCCAAUUUCCAGUAGGGCCUACUGGAUCACCUGUACCUACUCAAGAUAAUGUCUUCCAUACUGGUUAUCACUAUGGACCACCUAAAUCAGGAAAUCCUUCAUUUGGUCACGAUGCUGGAUUUUUCACUCCAACGGACAGUUCUAGAGUCUCCCCAACUUCACCAACUGUUACAUACCAAACUACUUUCCAAGGUCCUGGAGAGUUUCCAAGUACUACAUCAAGACCUUCUGUUGGAGGAAGACAAGACAACCUUAUUCCAUCUUACCAAGGUUCUACCACAUCACCGCUACGGGAUCAUCAAGGUAAUUUCCAAAAUCAACCAUCCACUCCUGGCUAUUCCACUACUAUAAUGUCUUCUACUCCAGGAAGAAAAACUACUUAUGACUACCCAGGAUCACCUAUUACUUAUAAAGAUACGACUGGAUAUGAAUAUGGACCUUCCAGGCCUACUUAUUCGACUACUAACUCACCAUCAACAAUUGGAACAACUCCCGCUCCUUACAAUCCAACUGGAGCUACCAUUCCAUCUCAAGGAUCAACAACUUAUCGUCCUGUAUUCCAGAAUACAGAAGAUUUGUAUGUAGGUGGACCUGUUGAUGGGUUCGGAAGACCAAUACCAACCAAUCAGGGAUCUAAUACAGGAUUUACUUACCCAACUCAAAGCCCAAUAGGGUCUUACAAUGGACCGAAUUUUGGGGGCAAUCAACCUUCUACUUCAUACCCUGGAGAACAGCCCAGGGUCAUCGGCGAAGAUUUUAGCGGUCCCAAACAACCUCAGAGGUUUGACCCUAAAACUGGUUAUCAUUACAAAUGA